UGUGUUUCAAAAAAUUUUGUUAAGGAAAAUAUACAUAUUUUAAUACAUAUAUAUUGUAUAUACAUUGUAGAACACGCCUAAGAAUGAAGAACAAUAAAAAACUUGACAAACUCCACGGCUUAAACCAAAACGAGUACAAGUUAGCACCGUUAGUACAGGCAGAAUUUGGCUGCGACCAAGGCGGUGCUACCGGAAAGAAACGUGGUCCUGCAAGGAAACGUGUUCCAGCUAUCUGUAGAAAAAAUAUAAAAAUGCCUGGUCGCGGUCAAAUGGAAGCGGCACGUAACAAGGCAGUACCUAAGAACAAGGUUCCACGUGACAAUUGCGGAGGAGUUCGCCGCAGAGGUGUCGCUGCUCGAGGCGGUUUACGCCGUGGAGAUGUCCGGGCUGUCCGGGGAGGACUGCGCAGACCAGGGGUCCCUGCAGCUCGAGGCGGAGUUCGCCGUGGAGGUGUACGUGCUGUUCGAGGCGGACUUUGUCGUGGUGGUGUACGUGCUGUUCGCGGCGGUCUUCGCUGCGCAGGAAUCCGCGGUGCUCGUGGCGGAAUACGCCGUGGUGGUGUCCCUGCUGUUCGACGAGGCAGAAUUCGCCGUGGAGCUGCUCGCAGAGCUGGUCGCAAGCUGCAAGGAAAACUUGCUAAUCGCCGUCGUAAUGGUGCCGGAGUACGCAAGGGUAAGGCUAAACGCAAGGGUGUAAAACGUCGAGCUGCUCCGAGACGUGGUAAUCGUAAUAUUGAAGACAUUGCCUUGCCUAUUGUGUCACAACCUGUAACCGUCCCUGAGCCGAAUAUCAUUUGUAGAAACUGGAAAAUGUUCGCUCUCUUGGCAUCAGUCCUAACCAUUGCAGGUUACGUGACUUAAAUUGUAGUUUAGAACAAAAUUGUGUAGUAAUAAUUUGACAGUAAACACCGACGGACUGGACUGCUGACAUGUAAAGAUUCUUCAAAUAAAAAUUUUUAAAUUUAACAGUUGGAAAAGAAGGAAGUCUUAUCUAUUUCAUUAUCGAAUGUUAUAAAAAAAUAAACGAAAAAAUCAUGGAAGAUCAUGCAAACAUCACAAUUUAAAG